UUGCCGGCUGCCGUCUUCGAGGCGCAAACUAACUUUGCCCGGGCGAAUUGGGGACCGUCGCCUUCUAGGCAUCAUGCAGUCUUGCGUCCAGUGGUGGGGGAGGCUGGUGGGUCGGGGGGGCAAUCUGCACGGGCACCAUGGCAGCGUCUGGGGAGGCAAGAAGCCGCCAGGCCGAUGGGGACGCAGGGAGCAGCUGAGACUGGCUUGUGUGAGAAGAAGCAGUAGCAACCCCGGAGCGAGAGCGGCCACCGCUGUCGCCACCGCCUCUUCCAGGCACAUCGAGAAACUCCUGGGCAGCCACGAUGACUUUUCCGAGCGACACAUCGGUCCAGGGGACAAAGAGAAGCAAGAGAUGCUGCAAACCAUCGGUUUGUCGACGAUUGAUGAGUUGAUCAAUAGAACAAUUCCUGCUAAUAUCCGCUUGCAACGACCUCUGAAGAUGGAUGACCAUAUAUGUGAAAAUGAAAUUCUUGAAACUUUAUACAGUAUUGCCAGCAAGAAUAAAAUCUGGAGAUCUUAUAUUGGCAUGGGUUAUUACAACUGCUCGGUCCCUCCAGCCAUUGCAAGGAAUUUGUUAGAGAACGCUGGAUGGGUGACUCAGUAUACCCCUUAUCAGCCAGAAGUCUCCCAGGGCAGGCUGGAGAGCUUGUUGAACUACCAGACGAUGGUGUGUGAUCUCACCAGGAUGGAUGUGGCUAAUGCCUCCUUGCUGGAUGAAGGAACAGCAGCAGCAGAAGCCAUGCAGUUGUGUCACAGGCAUAAUAAGCGAAAUAAGUUUUAUGUCGACAUCAGAUGCCAUCCUCAGACGAUAGCUGUGGUGCAGACCAGAGCAAAAUACACUGGCAUAAAUGUAGAGUUGAAGCUACCUCAUGAAAUGGAUUUCAGCGGUAAAGAUGUCAGCGGUGUCUUGUUCCAGUACCCAGACACUGAGGGGAAGGUAGAAGACUUUACAAGCUUGGUUGAUCAAGCCCAUCAGAACGGGAGUCUGGCCUGCUGUGCCACCGAUCUCCUUGCCCUCUGCAUCUUGCGACCUCCAGGGGAGUUUGGAGUUGAUGUUGCUCUAGGCAAUUCCCAGAGGUUUGGGGUGCCUCUUGGGUACGGAGGACCACAUGCUGCCUUUUUUGCGGUCAAAGAGAAUCUGGUGCGAAUGAUGCCCGGAAGGAUGGUGGGAGUUACAAG